UUGAGCAGUUCCAUUGAUAACGCGCUACGAACUGGAUCUCUGCCCCAAGCGGGCAACAGCAGGCAAUAGCAGCGCACACGAAGCCGUCGAAGCUAACAACAACAACAACAGCAGUAACAAAAUAUACGCAAAAGCAACAACAACAAUUAUUACUGUGCGAAAUUGAGACUAGCGAAACUGAAUCCAAGGCACAGGCGACGGCUUCAUCUUCUACUGGUUCUUGUUUUUCCUCCUCUUCCGCUGCUGCUGUAACUGCAGUUUUUUCCAUAAAUUUCGGCAGCUGCGUUCGACAUUUCGUUAAGCGCUCUGUUUUGUCAUUACGCGACGCGUGUGUUUAAUUAUUGUCGGUUCUGUGUGUGUGAGUAACUGUGUGUAUGAGCGGGUGUGUGUGCCGCGAGUGUCUUUGUGUGCAGCCACAAGGAAUGUGCAACAGGAACGGUAAAUUAAACGAAUGCCAACACAGCAACAAGAAUUCGAUUUUAAUUACUCAACCGACUCCUUGCACCCAAUUCUAUGGAUGCAGUCAACUGAUGAAAACUCUGAUUGUCCCUGGCUAUGCUCACAUGAUCUGAUGUGAUUGGCAGCUGAGAAGAGUGAAAUCAUAUGAGGAAAAUCAUACAAAAGGAGAAGAAGGAAAGUCCUUCCGCUUAACGGCAUAUAGAGGAAGCUAGUGCAGACCGGAAAUGAAUAUGCAAAACCGGUAAAAAGGAUAUGAAAAAUGUAAAUAACCAAAUCGAGCUCAAUGCAGAAUUCACAAUUCAGCUAACCUCAAACGUAUUUACACCAGCCAAACCCCGUACGAACACGUACACGAGCCACUGUGCUGUAGAUGGCUAAUUGUGGUUGAAAAAAUAAGAAAAAAACGUAUACAAAAUUGGCAAAAAUUGAAGUAAAACGCAAAACAGAAUCCAGCAAAGGCAAUGUCAAAACUCAUAUGAAAAUAUGCAUUAAAUGCGACCGCAAAAUAGAAAACCGACUGGAAAAAAAGAGAGAAAAUAAUCAAAGGGAAAAAAGGAAAUUGCGAUUGUGGGCAGAGAGAAAACGGGCUAAAAGCCCGAUAGAAAAAAAAAUAGAGGGGGUGGAAAACAAAAACAAGAGAUUGCAAAUGUAAAAAUUGAUUUCUGCGGUUUUAACAAACGGAUAUUGUGCGCAUAUAUGGCUGCAAAUCGUUGCGGCUAAUAACGGGAUAACAUGUAUACAUAUAUAUAUAUAUAUAAAGAGUAACAGCAAAAACUAAAACAAAAACUAGUUCAACAACUUAUAAAUACAUAAAUAAAUAAUAAACGUUUAAUCCGUUAAUCGCAUUGGAGAGCAAUGAAACUCUGUCAGGUAUUCAUCAUCUGCGUGGCCUGCCUAACAACUCUGCCAGACCUGGCUGUUGGGCUGCGCAAUGUUAACGUUCACAUUCCGUCGGCCGUUAAGCGCGGCGAUAAUGCGCUCUUAAUCUGCAAUUAUGACAUUGAGAACGACACGCUCUAUGCGGUUAAAUGGUAUAGGGGCCGCAGGGAGUUCUAUCGCUAUACGCCCAAGGAGAAACCUGCCUGGAAGAUAUUCACGAAAACCAACGAAAUUGAUGUCGUGACCACACAGUCGAAUGCCAGCCAUGUGCUGUUGCGUAAUGUGCCCACCUCUAUAUCCGGUAAAUUUGCCUGUGAAGUGUCCGCCGAUGCGCCCACAUUCGAUACGUCCAUUGUGGCUGCCGAUAUGGAAGUUGUGGAGCUACCCGCCCAGCGGCCCAUUAUAACGGGUAUACAUUCGCGCUAUCGCCUCGGCGAUAUCAUCAAUGGCAAUUGCUCGUCGGAUUACUCGAAGCCAGCGGCCAAUCUGACCUGGUGGAUCAACGAUAUACAGGUUCCACCCAACUAUUUGCGCACUUAUGACAUACAAAGACACCUGGCUGAACACUUGGAAUCCUCUGUUCUAGAGCUCAACUUCGUUGUGACUACGCAUCAUUUCAUUAAGGGGCGCCUAAAGCUCAAGUGCUCUGCUCGCAUUCACGACAUCUAUGCACAGGAGAGCGAGAAACUCAUCGAAGAAGAUCGACCACGUAUAUUGGCCUCUGGCCGCUCGCCGGAUAUGAAUAUGUAUCCCUUUGAUCAACCAGGCGAUGUGGAUGAACACAAUGAGCUCUACUUGAUACACAAAAAUGCUGCCCCCAGGCCCAGUGAACUCGAUUGGCAACAGCAGCUAACUCGAUUUCUGUUAAUGGGUCUAUUGCACUUGGCCUGGACUGCCGCUCAGCUGAGCAGAACGAGAAAUCAACACAGCUGCAGCAUCUCUCAGGCGGAACGGGCUAGGAUUAAGCGGCUACGGUGAUGAGCUGGCCGGGAUCAGUUACUGCUGCGCGGAGAAACGGAGACUUCAAUACAGCUGGGCGGCGAGUGCUCUGCAGCCAACUCAAACUGGCCCGAAAUAUUAGUUAAAUAAAGCUCUCAUUGCAUUUAUAGAAAUCAUCAUGAACAAACAUAUAUGCAGUGAAGAUUCUAUUGAGUGGAUAAAUAAAGCUUAGAGAUUUCUUAUUUCAUUUAAUUCUAAGUGCAAUUUUUAGUUCAUAAAAAACUCUACUAUUAUUAAAAAUUAUUUUUAUUUAUUGGUUCAUUU